GCCAGCAAAUGCGAGCCCUCGGUGUAGACUGGCUAUUGCAGCAUAGCUAAAUGCUAGCUAGCUAUAUAACUCAUUGAUUGCAAUUCUAGCUAGAUCCAUCGUUUGGAUCUUUGAACUUUUCUUGAAUUUAACAACAUCCCUCUAGAAAAAUGAUCCCAGAGCUGUCCAGUCCCUCAGUGUGUAUGAGGGACCCUCAGAGGGUGGAGGAGAUCAUCAAGGCCAUGCAGAAGGCUGGCACCAGCAAGAUUCAGGUGAUUUCAGACUUUGACAUGACCCUCACACGGUUUGCCUACAAUGGGAAGCGGUGCCCUACCAGUCACAAUAUCCUGGACAACAGCAAGCUCAUCAGUGAGGAGUGCAAAGCACAGCUGAAGGACCUGCGCAACACAUAUUACCCCAUAGAGAUCGAUUCCAAACGGACAGCAGAGGAGAAGCUGCCCCUCAUGGUGGAGUGGUGGACUAAAGCCCAUACUCUUCUGGUGCAGCAGCGCAUCAGGAAAGACCUGCUGCAGGAUGUGGUGAAGGAGUCCGAUGCUAUGCUCAGGGAGGGCUACCAGCUGUUCUUUGGCCACCUGCAGGAGCACAGCAUCCCUCUGCUCAUCUUCUCUGCUGGGCUAGGAGACGUGCUGGAGGAGGUGAUCCGCCAGGCCGGGGUCUUUCACCCCAACGUCAAGGUCUUCUCCAACUACAUGGACUUUGAUGAGACUGGCGUGCUGAAGGCGUUCAAAGAGGAGCUGAUCCACAUCUAUAACAAGAGGGAGGGAGCUCUGCUGAACACGGGCCACUUCCAGGAGCUCAAGUCACGCCACAACAUCCUGCUGGUGGGAGACUCUCUGGGGGACCUGACCAUGGCUGAUGGGGUGCACAGCAUGGAGAACAUCCUCAAGAUCGGCUUCCUCAACGACAAGGUGGAGGAGAGGAAGACGUCCUACCUGAAUGCUUAUGACAUCGUGCUGGUGAAGGAUGAGACCAUGGAAGUGCCGAACGCCCUGCUGCUCCACCUCACCAGCACCAAGUGACCUGACCAUGAACUUCAUCUCACUGGCCAAUCAGUAACGAGCGUUGCCGCUGGGAUGGAUUACAGACUGUGUUUUGGAGUCGCCCUUCCACGCUCCUCCAGUUGAGUCUCCGUGUUGAACACUUACAACUUGAGAGCAACAUCCUUUAUAGUCCUACAAUUUGAUUUGAUUUAAUCAGGAACCCUACUGUCACAUUCUCAAUUGUUUACGAACCAUCAAUAGUCCAACUGAAAUGGAACAGGAAAACUAGGUGAUAUCCCCGUCUGGUAAAUGUGUAUUGGGUUUGUGGGGAGAGAAACGUUACUGGUGAUAUGUAUGCUCUGUCUACAUAUGAGGAAUGUACAGCGCCAGUAAAACGUUUGGACACACCUACACACAUUAUUUUGACUAUUUUCUACAUUUUAGAAUAAUAGACACCAUGAGUGUGCAAAGCUGUCAUCAAGGCAAAGGG